AUGUCAGAAGGAGAAAUAAAGGAUUUGAAGAAAUUACCAUCAAAGACCAACUAUUAUGAUAAGUUCGAGAGCAGUGGCUACAUAUGCAGUUCGAGUGGUACGGAACCCCCAGAGCAGGAGAAACAGUUGAGGCAAAAGUUGAAGGAGGAAUACAAAGAAGUUUAUAUUCUUACAAGUCUCAUCACGAAGGCGUAUUGCGUGGCGUGCAAGAUGAAGGAGGGAGCUCCACAGGAUAAUACACCCUGCCGCUUCCUUUAUUAUUGGUUGGGCAAUGAAAUCCGUUCGUACAUAGGUCAGCACAAAUUAUCAGACGUCCUGCAAGCAAUUUAUAGGGAACUGAGUGAUGUUGGAGGUGGGCAUAAAUGUGAAAUUACAUACAAAGACGUCGAGAAUGACGAAGAACUUUUCAAAUACCGUAAAAAAGUAUUCGAACAUGACCACGACUAUGACACUGUACAGAGUUAUUUGAGGCAGGGUAAUACUGAUUGUUUGGAUAACUGGACAUGGUACGAGGUCGACAUUCUUCCAGCAUGUAAUGCUGUCAGUGCAUACUGCAGUAAACCCCAAAAUAUGCGUAUUGAUUAUUGUACGGAGUUCGAAGGGAAAUAUAAAAAGCACUGUUAUCAGAAACUUGAUGAUUCGAAUUGUAAAUUAGUGUUAGUAUCCGAAUCUCAAACGCACGUUACGAGACCUGAUUCGCGUGAUGGGCCCACUGCGGAAUCAGCAGCAACUUGCACUGGAAACCAGAACACUGGAAGUCCCAAACCCGGUUCCACUGGAACUUGUAAUCCCGGCUCUUCCGGUUCCGAUGGUGGUGGUAGUCAUUCAAAAGGAGGGGAAGAAGCCUCCUCCUCUUCUGAUGGUGGUAAUAUUGUUGGUUCUGUAUCUGGUGGAUUAGCAACCGUUGGAUUACCAGCAAUCGGUUUCCUUUUAUACAAAUAUACUGAUGUAUUUGAUGGAAUAAAAAAAUCCCUCUUUGGUGGCAGUAAUAGGAAUAGAAGACUGGGAAGAUCUACUGUUCGACGUCAACACUUUGAGGACACAUUCACAGGGAACGAUUCUUCUACCCUAGGUGGUGAUGGUUCCACCACCUUAGGUGGUGGUGGUGGGGAAUCGUCCACUCUAGAUGGUAGCUCCACCGAUGUUUCUACCAUAUAUGAUGAUGAAGGACGAGGUCGACCAAUCGGAAGAGCACGGACAGGAACAAAUAAUAGAAGACCAGGAAAUAUACGUUACUAUGCCACGUAA